UUCGAGAAUACUUAAUACGUCACGAUCAUAACCAAUUGGCAAUCGCUGUUAAAGAUUACUGUCACGAUCGAAUCGUUACUGUCAUUAUGAAUAUUAAUUAUAGAAUGUUGAUUAUAGAACGUUAAUUUUUAUGCUACGGAAACAGUGAAAAUAUUGCAAGAAUAUAUUAUAGUAAAUAACGAACGAGUGAACUCGUAUCAUGCUGAGUGUACCGAUUUAUCAGCGAUCCUCGAACUAUGGCGGAGAAAUAUUAAUUUACGGAACAAUAGCAGUACAGUAGAAAAAAAUUUCAUUCGGAUAUCAUCUAAGAACGAUUUAGAUUUAGUAAAUAUCGAAGAGACACGGUACAAAUCGAAGUCUGUUCCUAUGAAGGAUCACGAAGUCAGUUAUCCUUAUCCUUUCACAGAUUAUAUUCAUCCCCGAUUUUGCGCCGAUUUUUCACCUAUAAGUACUUAUAGAAAGCCACACCAUCGGCUUGUCAGGAAUCUGAAAUCAAUUCCGGUUAAUCAUGAAUCGAAUUUAAGAGACGAUCGUGAAAGAACAAAAAGGGUAAGAAGAUGGUUAAACUCGUUCUUUCGUAGCAAACGGAAAAGACUGAAUCAGAGUUCUUCGAUCGACGAAUAUUUUAAGUUAGAAGAUCAUUGGAAUAAAACGCAUUUAUUGCCGAGAUUGGUGGAAGCAUCGCAGGCGCAACGCAUUAUCAAUGAAACGACAUCCGGCUCACCCUCCACAAGUCAAAAUUUAAAUCUAUAUCAAAUAUUGAGAUUACAUUUGAUUCCUAAGAAAACUACAGCUUUCGUUAAGAAAAGGAGAAAAAGGAAUGUUAGGAAUAGAAAAGACACAGGUGAGAAAACAACGAAUAUUUAUGAAAAAGAAAUCCAUGCGUAUUCGGAUGUUAUGCAGCUGCUACAUACGACCAAAUCGGAUAUUGAAUCUCAGUUAACUUAUAACACUGAACACCAAAGCGAAAUAGAUAGGUUACAGACAACUUUGAGCUGGUUAGAUCAAAUAGGAACUGCAACUGAAUCUAUUAUAGAUACGCAUGGUGCGUAUGAGGAAGAAAGUACUAAAGGGACUUCUACGUGGCACGGAUAUGAUCAUUAUAUUGGAACAAUGGCAAUAACGCCGAAAGAAACAAUCAGCCUGUACGAAUCACAAAUAAUCACACGUACAACAUCAUAUACGAUAGAAAAUAUCCCCAUUACCAGCAUGACUACGAUGCCGUCACCAGUGCUUGAAACAACUCCUACCAAGUUCAUUAUUACUCUAACGACAAUGCCGCCAUCGACAACCGUGGAAACUACUAUGCAUGAAAUUACUGAUGUUACAAUACCAAUACCAACGACUACCACAACCUUCCAACCAACAACUGUGAAAAAGGCUACUACAGAAAAAACUAUAAUUGCGACGAUAUCGACACUUGAAACUACAACUAUCACCCACGUAACUGUUAAAAUGUUGUCACCAACGUCAGUGGAAACCACUACAAAAGAACAAACUGUUACAACGACACUCUUACGCGACAUAACAACUACCAUUCCCUUAUAUACCACUGGCAUAACGUUGACAACAACAAUGGCUAAAACCACUGCAGAAGAAACUACUAUUACUAAAAUGGUAUCAACAUCUAUAUUUCCCAUUACCACGAAGUUUACAAUGUCGUAUUACACAAUUGUGGAAACUACUGUAAAAGAUACUUCUAUUACUACAAAAACAGUACCUGAAACAACAUCUAACUCGCCCACUACCACCAUGUCUACAAUGUUGCCUCUAAUAUCCCAGGAAACGAUUGCGGAAGAAUCUGCUGAUACUACUGCAGCAACCAGGCCGGAAAUAAUUACUACGAUCGAUACAACUACAACCACACAGUCGCUACCAACAAGUGUGAAAACCAGAGCGUCAAAAACUAAUGUGACAGCAUCGCAGGUCUUUCAAACAACAAUUAGUUCACACAUUACAGUUAUUACUACAAUGUCCCCAUCGCCGACUGUGGAAACAACUAUUGAAGUAACUGCAGUUAUUACAAGACCCGGGAUUAAAACAACUACAACACCCAUCACGACUACAACCACACUGUUGCCACCCACAACUGUGGAAACAAAUAUAGAGGAAAUUGUUGUUACUACAACAACCUGGAUUGAGACAACUACCACUCCCGCUUUUACUACAGCAACACCGCCGCCUCCUACAACUCUGCAAACAACUAUAGAGGAAACUGUUGCUACUACAAUAUCAUGGAUUGAGACUACUACCACACCCAUGACGACUACAAUGUCACCACCUACAACAGUGAGGGAAACUACUAUUUCUACAAUAACCUCGCCUAAAACAACUACCACUGCCCUCACGACUGCAGCUACACCAUCGCCUCCUACAACUGUGGAAACAACUACGGUAGAAACUGCUGUUACUACAACACACUGGAUUGAGACAACUACCACACCCGUCACGACUACAACCACAACGUCGUCCCCUACAACAGUCGGAGAAACUACUAUUUCUACAAUAGUCACGCCUGCAACAACUACCACUGCCGUCACGACUGAAGUCACACCGUCGCCUCCGACAACUGUGGAAACAACUGUGGUAGAAACUACUCUUUCUACAACAACCAAGCCUGAAAAAACUACCGCAGCUAUCACAACCACAGCCACGCCGCCGCCAGCUACAAGCGCGGAAGCGACUGUAGAAGCAACUACUGUUUCUACAACGGCCAUGCGCGAAACAACUACUACUGCCGUCACGACUACAACGAUAACGUCGCUGCCUACAACUGUGCAAACAACUACAGAGGAAACUGUUGUCACUAUAUCACCUUGGAUUGAGACUACUACUACUCCCGCCAUUAUUACAACUACACCGUCGCAUCCCACAACUGUAAAAUCAACAAUAGAGAAAACAGUUGUUACUACGACACCCUGGAUUGAGACAACUGCCACUGCCGCCACUACUACAGCAACACCGUCGCCUCCCACAACUGUGGAAACAACUACGGUAGAAACUGCUAUUACUACAACACACUGGAUUGAGACAACUACCACACCCGUCACGACUACAACCACAACGUCGUCACCUACAACUGUCGGACAAACUACUAUUUCUACAAUAGUCACGCCUGCAACAGCUACCACUGCCGUCACCACUGAAGUCACACCGUCGCCUCCGACAACUGUGGGAACAAUUGUGGUAGGAACUACUCUUUCUACAACAACCACGCCUGAAACAACUACCGCAGCUGUCACAACCACAGCCACGCCGUCGCCAGCUACAACCGCGGAAGCGACUGUAGAAGCAACUACUGCUUCUACAACAGCCACGCGCGAAACAACUGCUACUGCCGUCACGACUACAACGAUAACGUCGCUGCCUACAAUUGUGGAAACAACUACAGAGGAAACUGAUGUCACUACAUCACCUUGGAUUGAGACUACUACUACUCCCGCCAUUAUUACAACUACACCGUCGCAUCCCACAACUGUAGCAUCAACAAUAGAGAAAACAGUUGUUACUACGACACCCUGGAUUGAGACAACUGCCACUGCCGCCGUUACUACAGCUACACCGUCGCCUCCUACAACUGUGGAAACAACUAUAGAGGAAACUGCUGUUACUGCGACACCCUGGAUAGAGACAACUACAACUCCCUCCGUUACUACAGCUACACCGUCGCCUCCCACAACUGUGCAAACAACUACAGAGGAAACUGUUGUUACUACGACAUCCUGGACUGAGACAACUACCACACCCGUCACGAUUACAACUACACCGUCGCCUCCAACAACUGUGCAAACAACUAUAGAGGAAACUGUUGUUACUAAGACACCCUGGAUUGAGACAACUGCCACUCCCUCCGUUACUACAGAUACACAGUCGCCUCCCACAACUGUGCAAACAACUACAGAGGAAACUGUUGUUACUACGACAUCCUGGACUGAGACCACUACCACACCCGUCACGAUUACAACUACACCGUCGCCUCCAACAACUGUGCAAACAACUAUAGAGGAAACUGUUGUUACUAAGACACCCUGGAUUGAGACAACUGCCACUCCCUCCGUUACUACAGAUACACCGUCGCCUCCCACAACUGUAGAAUCAACUACAGAGGAAACCGUUGUUACUACGACACCCAGGAUUGAGACAACAACCACUACCGCUAUUACUACAACCACAUCGGCCCCUGCUACAACUGUGGAAACAACUAUAGAGGAAGCUGUUGUUACUACGACAUCCUGGAUUGAGACAACUACCACACACGUCACGACUACAACCACACCGUCGCCUCCCGCAACUGUGGAAUCAACUACAGAGGAAACUGUUGUUACUAUGACACCCAGGAUUGAGACAACAACCACUACCGCUAUUACUACAACCACAUCGGCCCCUGCUACAACUGUGGAAACAACUAUAGAGGAAGCUGUUGUUACUACGACAUCCUGGAUUGAGACAACUACCACACACGUCACGACUACAACCACACCGUCGCCUCCCGCAACUGUGGAAUCAACUACAGAGGAAACUGUUGUUACUACGACACCCAGGAUUGAGACAACUACCACACUUGUCACGGCUACAGCUACACCGUCGCCUCCCACAACUGUGGAAACAACUAGAGAGGAAACUGUUCUUACUACGACACCCUGGAUUGAGACAACUACAACUCCCUCCGUUACUACAGCUACACCGUCGCCUCCCACAACUGUAGAAUCAACUACAGAGGAAACUGUUGUUACUACGACACCCUGGAUUGAGACAACUACCACACUCGUCACGGCUACAGCUACACCGUCGCCUCCCACAAUUGUAGAAAAAACUAUAGAGGAAACUGUUGUUACUACGACACCCUGGAUUGAAACAACCACAACUCCCUCCGUUACUACAGCUACACCGUCGCCUCCUAGAACUGUGGAAACAACUAUAGAGGAAACUGCUGUUACUGCGACACCCUGGAUAGAGACAACUACAACUCCCUCCGUUACUACAGCUACACCGUCGCCUCCCACAACUGUCGAAUCAACUACAGAGGAAACUGUUGUUAUUACAACACCCUGGAUUGAGACAACUACCACUAUCGCUAUUACUACAACCACGUCGUCCCCUGCUACAACUGUGAAAACAACUAUAGAGGAAGCUGUUGCCACUACGACACCCAGGAUUGAGACAACUACCACUACCGCUAUUACUACAACCACAUCGUCCCCUGCUAUAACUGUGGAAACAACUAUAGAGGAAACUGUUGUUACUACGACACCCUGGACUGAGACAACUAUCACACCCGUCACGAUUACAACCACACCCGUCACGAUUACAACCACGCCGUCGUCACCGACAACUGUGGAAACAACUAUAGAGGAAACUAUUGUUACUACAGCACCCUGGAUUGAGACAACUAUCACUACCGCUAUUACUACAACCACACUGUCGCCUCCCACAACUGUCGAAUCAACUAAAGAGGAGGCUGUUGUUACUACAACACCCUGGAUUAAGACUACUACAACUCCUGCCAUUAUUACAGCUACACCGUCGCCUCUCACAACUGUGGAAACAACUAUAGAGGAAGCUGUUGUUAUUACGACACCCUGGACUGAGACAACUACCACACCCAUCACGACUACAACCACACCGUCGUCACCGACAACUGUGGAAACAACUAUAGAGGAAACUAUCGUUACUACAACAUCCUGGAUUGAGACAACUAUCACUACCGCUAUUACUACAACCACAUCGGCCCCUGCUACAACUGCGGAAACAACUAUAGAGGAAACUAUUGUUACUAUGACACCCUGGAUUGAGACAACUACAACUCCCUCCAUUGCUACAGCUACACCGUCGCCUCCCACAACUGUCGAAACAACUACAGGGCAAACUGUUGUUACUACGACACCCAGGAUUGAGACAACUACCACUACCGCUAUUACUAGAACCACAUCGGCCCCUGCUACAACUGUGGAAACAACUAUAGAGGAAGCUGUUGUUACUACGACAUCCUGGAGUGAGACAACUAUGACACCCGUCACGACUACAACCACACCGUCGCCACCCACAACUGUGGAAGCAACUAUAGAGGAGGCUGUUGUUACUACGACACCCUGGAUUGAGACAACUACAACUCCCUCCGUUACUACAGCUACACCGUCGCCUCCCACAACUGUAGAAUCAACUACAGAGGAACCUGUUGUUACUACGACACCCUGGAUUGAGACAACUACCACAACCGUCACGACUACAGCUACACCGUCGCCUCCCACAAUUGUAGAAACAACUAUAGAGGAAACUGUUGUUGCCACGACACCCUGGAUUGAGACAACUGCCACUCCCGCCGUUACUACAGCUACACCGUCGCCUCCUAGAACUGUGGAAACAACUAUAGAGGAAACUGCUGUUACUGCGACACCCUGGAUAGAGACAACUACAACUCCCUCCGUUACUACAGCUACACCGUCUCCUCCCACAACUGUCGAAUCAACUACAGAGGAAACUGUUGUUAUUACAACACCCGGGAUUGAGACAACUACCACUACCGCUAUUACUACAACCACACUGUCGCCUCCCACAACUGUCGAAUCAACUAUAGAGGAGGCUGUUGUUACUACAACACCCUGGAUUAAGACUACUACAACUCCUGCCAUUAUUACAGCUACACCGUCGCCUCUCACAACUGUGGAAACAACUAUAGAGGAAGCUGUUGUUAUUACGACACCCUGGACUGAGACAACUACCACACCCAUCACUACUACAACCACACCGUCGUCACCGACAACUGUGGAAACAACUAUAAAGGAAACUAUUGUUACUACAGCACCCUGGAUUGAGACAACUAUCACUACCGCUAUUACUACAACCACACUGUCGCCUCCCACAACUGUCGAAUCAACUAUAGAGGAGGCUGUUGUUACUAUAACACCCUGGAUUAAGACUACUACAACUCCUGCCAUUAUUACAGCUACACCGUCGCCUCUCACAACUGUGGAAACAACUAUAGAGGAAGCUGUUGUUAUUACGACACCCUGGACUGAGACAACUGCCACACCCAUCACGACUACAACCACACUGUCGCCUCCCACAACUGUCGAAUCAACUAUAGAGGAAGCUGUUGUUACUACGACACCCUGGACUGAGACAACUACCACACCCAUCACGAUUACAACCACACCGUCUCCUCCCACAACUGUGCAAACAACUAUAGAGGAAACUAUUGUUACUAUGACACCCUGGAUUGAGACAACUACAACUCCCUCCAUUGCUACAGCUACACCGUCGCCUCCCACAACUGUCGAAACAACUACAGCGGAAACUGUUGUUACUACGACACCCAGGAUUGAGACAACUACCACUACCGCUAUUACUAGAACCACAUCGGCCCCUGCUACAACUGUGGAAACAACUAUAGAGGAAGCUGUUGUUACUACGACAUCCUGGAUUGAGACAACUAUCACACCCGUCACGACUACAACCACACCGUCGCCUCCCACAACUGUGGAAGCAACUAUAGAGGAGGCUAUUGUUACUACGACACCCUGGAUUGAGACAACUACAACUCCCUCCGUUACUACAGCUACACCGUCGCCUCCCACAACUGUAGAAUCAACUACAGAGGAACCUGUUGUUACUACGACACCUUGGAUUGAGACAACUACCACAACCGUCACGACUACAGCUACACCGUCGCCUCCCACAAUUGUAGAAACAACUAUAGAGGAAACUGUUGUUGCUACGACACCCUGGAUUGAGACAACUGCCACUCCCGCCGUUACUACAGCUACACCGUCGCUUCCUAGAACUGUGGAAACAACUAUAGAGGAAACUGCUGUUACUGCGACACCCUGGAUAGAGACAACUACAACUCCCUCCGUUACUACAGCUACACCGUCUCCUCCCACAACUGUCGAAUCAACUACAGAGGAAACUGUUGUUAUUACAACACCCGGGAUUGAGACUACUACCACUACCGCUAUUACUACAACCACACUGUCGCCUCCCACAACUGUCGAAUCAACUAUAGAGGAGGCUGUUGUUACUACAACACCCUGGAUUAAGACUACUACAACUCCUGCCAUUAUUACAGCUACACCGCCGCCUCUCACAACUGUGGAAACAACUAUAGAGGAAGCUGUUGUUAUUACGACACCCUGGACUGAGACAACUACCACACCCAUCACGACUACAACCACACCGUCGUCACCGACAACUGUGGAAACAACUAUAGAGGAAACUAUCGUUACUACAACAUCCUGGAUUGAGACAACUAUCACUACCGCUAUUACUACAACCACAUCGGCCCCUGCUACAACUGUGGAAACAACUAUAGAGGAAACUAUUGUUACUAUGACACCCUGGAUUGAGACAACUACAACUCCCUCCAUUGCUACAGCUACACCGUCUCCUCCCACAACUGUCGAAUCAACUACAGAGGAAACUGUUGUUAUUACAACACCCGGGAUUGAGACAACUACCACUACCGCUAUUACUACAACCACACUGUCGCCUCCCACAACUGUCGAAUCAACUAUAGAGGAGGCUGUUGUUACUACAACACCCUGGAUUAAGACUACUACAACUCCUGCCAUUAUUACAGCUACACCGUCGCCUCUCACAACUGUGGAAACAACUAUAGAGGAAGCUGUUGUUAUUACGACACCCUGGACUGAGACAACUACCACACCCAUCACGACUACAACCACACCGUCGUCACCGACAACUGUGGAAACAACUAUAGAGGAAACUAUUGUUACUACAGCACCCUGGAUUGAGACAACUAUCACUACCGCUAUUACUACAACCACACUGUCGCCUCCCACAACUGUCGAAUCAACUAUAGAGGAGGCUGUUGUUACUAUAACACCCUCGAUUAAGACUACUACAACUCCUGCCAUUAUUACAGCUACACCGUCGCCUCUCACAACUGUGGAAACAACUAUAGAGGAAGCUGUUGUUAUUACGACACCCUGGACUGAGACAACUGCCACACCCAUCACGACUACAACCACACUGUCGCCUCCCACAACUGUCGAAUCAACUAUAGAGGAAGCUGUUGUUACUACGACACCCUGGACUGAGACAACUACCACACCCAUCACGAUUACAACCACACCGUCGCCGCCCACAACUGUGGAAGCAACUAUAGAGGAAACUGUUGUUACUAGGACACCCUGGAUUGAGACAACUACAACUCCCUCCGUUACUACAGCUACACCGUCGCCUCCCACAACUGUGGAAACAACUAGAGAGGAAACUGUUGUUACUACGACACCCUGGAUUGAGACAACUACAACUCCCUCCAUUGCUACAGCUACACCGUCGCCUCCCACAACUGUGGAAGCAACUAUAGAGGAAACUGUUGUUACUAGGACACCCUGGAUUGAGACAACUACAGCUCCCUCCGUUACUACAGCUACACCGUCGCCUCCCACAACUGUGGAAAUAACUAGAGAGGAAACUGUUGUUACUACGACACCCUGGAUUGAGACAACUACGACUCCCUCCGUUACUACGGCUACACCGUCGCCUCCCACAACUGUAGAAUCAACUACAGGGGAAACUGUUGUUACUACGACACCCUGGAUUGAGACAGCUACCACACCCGUCAUGACUACAGCUACACCGUCGUCACCGACAACUGUGGAAACAACUAUAGAGGAAACUAUUGUUACUACAACACCCUGGAUUGAGACAACUACCACACCCUUCACGACUACAACCACACCGUCGUCACCGGCAACUGUGGAAACAACUAUAGAGGAAACUAUUGUUACUACAACACCCUGGAUUGAGACUACUACCACUCCGUCGCCUCCCACAAUUGUAGAAACAACUAUAGAAGAAACUGUUGUUACUACAACACCCUGGAUUAAGACUACUACAACUCCUGCCAUUAUUACAGCUACACCGUCGCCUCUCACAACUGUGGAAACAACUAUAGAGGAAGCUGUUGUUAUUACGACACCCUGGACUGAGACAACUACCACACCCAUCACGACUACAACCACACCGUCGUCACCGACAACUGUGGAAACAACUAUAGAGGAAACUAUCGUUACUACAACAUCCUGGAUUGAGACAACUAUCACUACCGCUAUUACUACAACCACAUCGGCCCCUGCUACAACUGCGGAAACAACUAUAGAGGAAACUAUUGUUACUAUGACACCCUGGAUUGAGACAACUACAACUCCCUCCAUUGCUACAGCUACACCGUCGCCUCCCACAACUGUCGAAACAACUACAGGGCAAACUGUUGUUACUACGACACCCUGGACUGAGACAACUACCACACCCGUCGCGACUACAACCACACCGUCGUCACCGACAAUCUUGGGGGAAACUGCUGUUUCUACAAUAGCUACGCUUGCAACAACUACCACUGCCGUCGCGACUACAGUCACACCGUCGCCUCCCACAACUGUAGAAACAACUAUAGAGGAAACUGUUGUUACUACGACAGCCUGGAUCGGGACAGCUACCACACCCUUCACGACUACAACCACAACGUCGCCACCUACUACCUUGGGGGAAACUACUGUUUCUACAAUAGCUACGCUUGCAACAACUACCACUGCCGUCACGACUUCAGUCACACCGUCGCCUCCCACAACUGUGGUAACAACUGUAGAGGAAACAGUUGUUUCUACGACACCUUGGAUUGAGUCUACUACCACACCCGUCACGACUACAGCUACACCGUCGCCUCCCACAAUUGUAGAAACAACUAUAGAGGAAACUGUUGUUACUACAACUCCCCGGAUUGAGACAACUACCACACCCGUCACGACUACAACCACACUGUCGCCUCCAACAUAUGUGGAAAUAACUACUUUAGAAACUGUUGUUACUACAGAGCCGUAUCCCGACACUUCCGAGUUUUAUGUGUUUUCAUCUACCACAAUUUUUACUCUUCCUUCAUUGCCGACCGCAUCUGAAGUUAUAACAUUAUUCACUACAACUGAAAUAGUAAGUUGGAAAAGAAUUUUAUUUUACUUCUAA